CGGCCGUCUCCCGCGCGGGCCACACGUGUAUCGCGUCGCGUGUGCCGCCCGCGACACUCGAGCCGGGCCAUGUAUUACUGGGCGUACCGUACGCCCCAUCAGUGCAUGUGGUCCAGUGUUUAGUGUACGUAUGCUGUUAAGGAUUGCGCAGCCCCGCGACGAUGGGCAACUCGUGCAGCUCCGGACAGGCUCACAAGGACAAGGACAAUAUAUCACAACAUUCAGAAGAAUCAACAUGUUGUGCCCGCAGGUCGCCGUCGUACCGCGCGCGGGCUGAGCCGGCGCCGACGCAGCCGCCGCCCGCGCCGGACCGCCAGCCCUCACUCAAGGAGAAGAAACCACAACUCAAGGGACCGCGCCCCGUGGGAUCCAGCGUCUCUGAUUCCAUCUCCCUUUCAUCGCCUGUGGCCUGCGCGUCACCCCGCGAAGAUGUGGAAGGUCCACCGAUGCCUGCCAGCGUCAGCUCGCUGCCGGAAGAUCACAAGUCAAGUCUGCUGGGCAGACUGCCGUGUCAGCGAGUCAGGAGAAAGCGGGCCAUGCUUAUAUACGUCUGUGCGGCCGACUCGCAAGAUUGCUGCGCGGAGAAGGGCGCGCUUCAAUGCGGCGCGGCGGCGCGUCUCCGCGCGCGUGCACGCGGGCGUGGGUGGCGCGUGCACGUGGCCGAUCUGCACUGGCGUUCCCCGCUCGAACAACAGCGCGACCACAGGUUCCCCGUGCUGUGUAUAGCGGAGCUGGCGCGUCAAUCGGAACUAGGUGCCGUAGUACCAGUUCUAUUUCUGAACUCAGGUCUUGGCACACCUUUGCUACCUCACACCCUCGAAUGCGCAGACUUCAAGGCGGCGCUGGACGCGGCCGAAGAUGAAAGCGAUAAGGCAUUGCUCAACAAGUGGUACAGCCUAGACGCCAGCACCACGCCUCCUUGUUACCGGCUGGUACGAGGAGCCCCGGCCCGCUGGCGACGAGAGAUGGCCAAGACUCUUAACGUAUUAGUACGCACGUUACCGCAGGAAGCCUGCGACGCGUACCUUACUACUGUAGUGGAACAGGAGGUGCAGCACACAGUAUUGCUGAGCGUCGAAGCAGCGCGGCGCUGCGUGUGGGUGUGGAGAGCAGGGGCUGCUCAAGAACCGGAGCCGGCGGACAGAGCUCAUCAUCAUGAGCUGCAGAGGAGGCUGGCUAACAUGCAGAAGGACCUUAAGCAACACUUGAGCGAGCGGAACAUAAUUCGGGCGAGCAUUCGCGGGCGUUCGGCGCCCGGCGGCGAGGACGAAUACACGGAGGGCGUUCGCGCGGCGCUCGGCGAACGACUGGACGCCCUUUUAGAUUCGUUGAUCGCGGAGAAUGAAGUUCCGGCCGGCUGCAACGGAAUACCUACAAGUUUGUUCGAUGAAAUCAACGAGCAUCUCAGUUUCUGUCAGAAAGCUGCCCAGUGCACCUCCAACAGGGAGGUCACGCUCAAUGAACUAAAGUCAUAUAUAAUGGGGGACAGCAGCGUGCCGCUGGCUUUGAUUGGUGGCGCGGGUUGCGGCAAAGCAACGCUUGUAGCACGCGCUCUGUGCCUCGCGCCUUCAUGCCAGCAAGAUUUGGCUGUAAUUGUCAGGUUCGUCGGGCUGACGUCUCAGUCAAGCAGCUCGCAUCAACUGCUCAAGUCUAUAGUGGACCAGUGUUACGUGCUGCACACCGGAUCUGUGUAUAGGGGACGUAAUGAUGUGGUCUCACUAGCAGCGGGUCUGCGUCGGUCGUUGGAAGCGCUGGGUCGCGCACGGCCGACACUACUCGCUAUCGUCGGAGCCGACGCCUUACGAGCGGCGAGAUGGUUGCCCGAGCGGCUACCCGACAAUGUGAAGAUGAUCGUUACUGUUACUGAAGAAAAAGACGAGCCUUCCAGUUCCGCCAUAAUGGCGGUGCUGUCUUCCGAGGACGGUCCUAAGAUAGUCCGGGCCCCACCUGUCGGGCCGGAAGAAGCGAAGGCAGCGUUAGCCGCUUGCGCUGCCACCUAUAGCAAAACUGGUGCCGCUUCGCCUCCAGAAGCGGCCGUUAAAGCCGUACAAAAAUGCACCUUACCCCUCUAUGCUAAGAUUCUAGCGUGGCAGAUAUCCUUAUCAGCGGAAACCUUCACCGAACAAUCGGAACCGGAGACUGCACCAGAGCUGGUCAUUUGCGAAGACCUGGAAGGCCAGCUAAUCCAGAUCCUGGUGACGACGGAGGCUGCGCUGGGUGCUGAGAAGGUCAAGACUUGUUUGGCAUUACUCACGGCUUCGAGAAGAGGACUGGAUGAUACGGAAAUAUUGGAUAUGCUCGCCCAUGAUGAGCUGUUCAGAAGCGAAGAGACUUACCUGCCAUGGGCGCCAGCAUCUUUGUUCUGGCCGCAACUAGCUGCUCUCCUGUCUCCAUGGUUACGAUGGGACGCGCGUGGCGCCGCCCGCUGGCGGGACGCGGCGUUGGCCAGCGCGGCCCGCGACCGGUACCUGCAGGACGGGGACACGCGCGCAAGGGACACGCUGGCACACUACUACCAGGGUGACUGGUAUGCGGAGAACGAUCCAAAAAUGGCGGGCAGAUUAGUUUCACAGGAAAACAAAUUUUCUGACGAAUGCUACAACACUCGGAAACUUGACGAGCUACCAUUCCAACACUACCAUUUGUACAAAGACGAACCUGAGACCUUCGCGAACCAACCUUACUUCACCCAACUCGACUGGGUGCACGCCAAACUGGCCGCCACUGACUGCUGCCACUUUCUAGAAGACAUAGCUCUUAUCCACAUGGACAACUUACCAGAACACGUGGAGAUACUCAAAGAAACGUUCGAAACUAACUCGUACGCUCUCGACUAUGACCACAGACAAUUCUAUGGUAUCCUAAGAUCAACCAUGGAGAAAAGGAAGAGGGAAGGCAUAGAGAAUAAGACUAAAAUAGUGCAGGACUGGAUGCAGGUCAUCUGGUUACCACCUUUUCCAACUUUAUACCCGAUGAAUGAGGACUUUUAUAAAAUCAGCGAGGGCAAAGACAAGAAGGAGCUGUCGGCAGUAGAAGGCUUCGACAGUAAGACGUACGAUUUGAUAGUGAGAUUCGACACCAGAGGCAAGUUUGUGGCGACUGUGUCUACUGAGAGGGAGGAGAUCUGCGUUUGGGAUGUGACGAGGUGUCAGCUUGUCAGGAAGCUGGUGGGUGUGACGCAUCCCAUCAACCUGGUGCCCAUCGACGAGUACAGAUGCGUGGUGCUCUGCCGUAGGGAACUGAGGGUGUAUGACCUUGACCAGGGCAAGUUCUUGGUACCGUUGAAAGGUGUCAUGAACCAGAAGAUGCCCUUCUAUGGACUACACGACUCGAAACACCUGGUGGCUCUCUCGAGAAACCGGAUGUACGUCAACCUGAUGAACAUCGAGACUGGUGAUUGUGUGACGACAUUCAAAGCAGGCGAAGAUAGAUUCCUUAAUUCACUACUUGUAUCAGGAGAUGGAAGGGUUCUGGUUUGUGGUGAUGAGACCCAGAAGCCGUUCCCCCUGCUGGUCUGGUCGCUGACUUCUAGAAAACUGCUGUACGACCUUCGCAUUCCUCACCAUGACUUCGUCACCUCCAAAGCCGCUAUUACUUAUGAAGGGUCCUACGUGUGCGUAGUCUCCCGGGAACUGGACGAGCCCAGCCCCAACUUCAUAGUGGUGUACGACCUUCAGUCCGGCACACUGUUCAAGAAGUGGAAGCCUGGCUGCGACACCGUAGCCCUGGCCAUCAGCUCCGUGGACGGAUGCGUGGUCUCCGGGCUGGCGGACACCAGGAUCCUCGUGUGGGACCUGGUCACUGGUAACUGCCGGCUAACCCUCCGAGGACACGUGUCUGCCCCUGGCUUGCUUCGUCUGGCGAAGACAGGUGGUGUGCUGCUGUCUGCAGACCACACGGGCCGAGACAUGUCCGUGCGACUAUGGGAGCUGAACACUGGCAAACUGAUAGCAGUGUACACUCCACCGGAGAGGAUCACGUCGUGCGAAGUGUUACUAGGGGGUUCCGUCCUGGCGAUGGCCCUCGAAAACUACAAGGAGAUACUGUGCGUCAAACUCGAAGGACCCCUUGUGGAAUCAGUCCGCGCAGGCCGGGACUGCGAACAAGACGAAGACAACUACGGCGACGAGGUCAGCGAGGGAAAAACUUUCACGGUCAAGAACGAAUGCUGAUAGCGGUUGUAAACUCCCCAUAUUACUACAUUUUAUAGGAAAUGGGAAUUAAGGAUCGAAAGUCACCCGGGCAGGAUUGAAAGGUGUUAAUGAUGGAUUGAAAGUGGUUCGGUGCGGAUUGAAAGUGUUCGUUUGAUGGAUUGAAAGUGCAGUUCAUUGUUCUCAUAUUGAUUGAUGGUGGCCAUUUUUGCUCGACCGACAAGUUUGAAAAGUUUUAAGUGCCAAUUCGUAGCAUAAGAGAGGUAUAACGCUACGUCAUUGGGAUGAAUACUCAAGUUUCUUUUAGUUUUGUUUUGAGCCAUCUCUAUUUCCCAUUUCCAUUUAAGGUUAGAGAAUAAUAAAAAUACACUUUAAAUACUAUGAACAUUAAGAAGAAAUUAAAAGGCCAAAAGUAAAAAAAUACCGUAAAACAUUUUUCAAAUUAGUAGCUAAUGCAAGUGGUGCGCAAAUUUCGAAUGAACAAACAAACAUCCAAAUUUAUAAAGCCUUUAGUAAAUAAUUUUGACCAAUGUUUAAUGAAGAUUUACGUUGAUAUUUUUAAUGAAAAUUUAACUUUGAAGACGCCCAUUUUGCAGACAAUGCAAGGAUAGGAUACACAGUCAAUAUUUAUUGACUCUUUCCAGCGCCCGCCCGUCAGUCUUCGCGGAUGGCCCAACGUGAUUCGCUCUAAAGAACAAAGUUUCUGUUAGCGAAAUUUCGAAAAUAAAUACCUAUUUAUUUAACAACAUUAAACCGUAGAAGGUACAAUUCAAUUUUCGUGUGAAGUGAAAUCGUCGACCAAAACGCGCUAGAGUUUCGAUAAUAUUAUCUUAUCGUAGGGGGCAUAGUAUUUAAAAUACGACCUGUAUAUCUAUAUAUGUAUGUCGUUUUUAUCACGCUAAAUUGUCCAAUUACUAGAGUUUGACAGUUAGGCGCGAUAAAAACGUGAUAUAAUGUAUAUUGCUCUUGGUACGGGGUCUGUAGGGCUAAAAAAGGCACAGCCUCUAUCGUUUUCAUAUUGAACGAUGUAUGAGUAAGUCUGUCAAUACAGAUUGAUGUAAAUAUUGAACGUGUAGCUUUGGCCUUUAAAAUUUUGGGCAAAUGCACAACUAAUGAAACUGGGGUACAUUAUUAUGGGCUGGAUGAAUGAGGGACUGUGAAAUAUGAAAUUAAAUAAGAAAAACGUUAAUGUUUUUGAUCUAUUACGCUUAUUAAUUACAUUAUUACAUUAAUGAAAUAAAAUAUAUUUACUGAAUCCUCUAACUGUAAUGUUGAUGUUUAGAAUGUAAUUUUGUGGAAAGGAAUAGUUUUUAAUGAUGAAAAUAAAUUAAUGUAACUUGUAAGUCAAUUUUUAUGUAUGAUUUGCAUGAAUUCUAGUUUUGCUUUUGUGAGAAAGAAAGCAUUUGAUAUUUUGUAUCUUGGCAACUCAACAUACUUACACAGCACGCACACAAAAUUAAAUCAAGAAAGUAAACAUUGCAAUAUAUUAUUAUGUGCUGGCAACACUGAAUCAGGCUCAAUACAAAUUGAAGAGCAAAGCCUACACAAUAGCGAGCAAUGCUGGCAUUAUUGUUUUGCUAAUAAAACAAUUGUUUUAUUAGAUUCUGAAUAUAAGUGAAAAAAAAUAUAAUAUCCAAUUAUACUAUAAGAAAAUGGCGGAAAGUAUUGCCAUUUGCCUGAUAAUAGUUACCUCUUAUAUUAUGUGAGAUUUUUUUCUAUAUAAUAUUGUUGAAUAUUUAUUUAACACAACUUAAACUUAGAAGGCCUUUAUUAAUAAACAAGGAAUAAUCAUGAGACUGGUUCCGCCGUGUUUCGUUCAUAUCACUCAAAUGCCAUUUGUAAUGGGGAUGAUGACAAUUUUUUUUUUUCGUUUAUCAGGUAAAUUAUCAAAAAGUAUUGGACACGUAUUUUUUCUUUUUUCAUAUAAUAUAAACAUUGCAGAGAUAUAUUGAUUUGAAAAGUCGCAAGACGUCACGUUUUGGUACAAUUUUCACUUAAAAGUGACGUCACGAGCCGCUACUCCCAAACUUUGACGCGCUAUAACUUUGUCAUUUUUUGGUUGAUUGCCCAAAGAAAGAAUACGUGUCCAUUAUAUUUUGAUGAUCUAACUGACGGACUAAAUAUAAUUUCAUUUACUGUACCCCGUCAUCACCCCUACAGAGACAAGACAUGAAAUAACUAAUCCAAGCUUAUUCUUGGUUUAUUAAUAAGGAUGAGUAGUUUUGAUUUUAAGGCAUUCUUUUAAAAAUGGAAUGGAAAACGUUUGUUUUUAACGAAAGCACAAAUAUUUAUAAGACAGUUGAUAAAUAUUGGCAGGUUAUACGAUUGUGAAUUUGAGGAGCUCAAUGGCGCAGUGAUUAACGCCAGGGCCGCAUUUAGAGGUGUAAAAACAUCCGGGGCACUUACAAUUUACAGAAAUUUGUGACCAUAAUUUAUUCACUUUUUAUCUCAUGGGACCCUCUCCCACGGCCACUGCCCUAAAUCCGACCCUCGUUUUCGUUCGAUCGUGGAAGUUAUGCAAUAUUUGCAAUGGCCGAUCAUAAGAGAUAGGUUUACUGAAAAAAAAACCUUUUCUGGAGCUCCUCCGUCUUCAGGUGGCAAGGUAAGCCGUUGGUCCCGGUAUCUGCAGUUGUUUAUACCCGCCAAUCCAUAGACACAGUGCAGACUAAGGGUGUGUUCCGUAAUAUAUACCAGUAUACUGGCCAGUACUAAUGACGUCAAGAAUCGACGCCAUGCUGUUGAUUCGUUCCAAAAUUUCCAAAUACACUGAUCAGCGCGGUGACGUCAUGAACUGGCGCUAUAUUCAAGCAGUCUCGUGUUUGUGUGCAACGUUCGUGCUCCAAAAAUUAUAAUAAAGUGUGUAAAUCCCGUUAUUUCCCUCAUCGUUCAAAACUAUUUUUUCUGUUUGUUGAGAUUCCAUUAUUAUCAAUUUAAUACAAAAAAGACCUUCACUAACUGCAGAGCGUAUACACCCAGCUAUUAUACGUCACAGUAUUCUCACCAGCAUAAUAUGGCGGCACACCAGUGCAAUAUGGCGUCGAAAUCUUGACGUCAUUACCGCUGGCCAGCGUACUGGCUUAAGUUUCGGAACACGCCCUAACUGGCUUAUUCGCUGACUUUGUUGGCAUUUUAACAGCAUGUAACUAAAGAGAAAAUUGCAUAUUCAUCGAUGCUUUUCAUAAAAAGUAUCUUAGUGGCGUUAUAAUAAAGCAGUAGUGAAUCACUAAACAGCUACAGCUCGGUGAUUAUCACUUCCAUCUGUCAAAAGCAGGUAGCGAAUAGUCCUACUGGUAAAGGCGCGGCGAAGAUAAUGACAAGUUAACAAUUUCAGUUAAACCCUAAUUCCUAAUUAACAUAAGGUUAAAAUUUUCAUGGCAAAGGAACUUGGCGCAGGUGGCUAACGCGUUAGGCUGCGAUCGUUGAAGUUAAGCAACUUUCGCAGUGGUCGGUCAUUGGAUGGGUGACCAAAAAUCUUCUUUCUCUAGUUCCUCCGUGUUUCGAAAGGCACGUUAAGCCGUUGAUCCCGGCUGUAUCUGCAGUCGUUAGCACCCGCCAAUCCGCACUGGGCCCGCGUGGUGGGUCAUGGCGCUAUUCCAUCCAUAGGGAAAGCCUGUGCCCCAGCAGUGGGGACAUUAAUAGGCUGAUAAUGAUGAUGAUGCACGGUUGAUUACUCCGCUCUGUGGCUCUGUCGACAUAUUCGCUAACUUUUUGACAUUUAGAGUUGGUAACUAAAGAGAAAAUUGCAUAUCCAUCGAUGCUUCUCAGAACAAAUACCCAAGUGGCGUUAUAAUAAAAUAAUAAUAAUAAUAAAUUUUAUUUUCUUUAACAUUGGUUUAGUUACAUUAUAUACUCAUGAUUGAAGCCACCUUUUAAGCAAAUAAUGCCUGUGACAGGUGACUCCGCUCUGUCAUACCUAAAAUUACAGUUUGCUUAUCGAUCUUUAUGUUUAAACAAAAAGAGGGACUUAUAAAUGUAAACACAUAUACCAAACAAUAAUAAAUCCUUAAUUUUUUACAUGGUUUUAAAACAAAAAGUAGUUGGUGGUUCUCACUUCAUGCGAAUAGGCCGACUGUACCGUGCUGAAAGUCGCCAC